CUGAAUGGAGGCUCGGAAAGCUGAAAGAAAUGCGAAAGACAGUUGACAACGCCGCCUUGAAAUUCCCCCCACUAGCUCUUCAUGAUGUUCUGAAUUUUAACGACUUCUGCUCAGAGUCGGUAGGUAGUUUAUUGAUGAACAAGGAGUACAUUGCAUUCUAUAGAGUGGAAAGACAACCUAGCAAGUUUGGCAACUUUUUCUGUGCAAAAAUGAUCCAAACAUAAAAAGAAUACUUUAAUCUGUGGCCUUGCACUGAUAUACCAACUCCGCGGCUCAGAUGCAGUUUCAAAAAGGGAAAAUUUGGCCUUCAUUCUCUCCGCUAGUAAUCGCUCCUUUUCCACCAAGUAAGUGCCCAAAUGGAGUCUCAAAGAUUUCACCAGGCUAAAGGUAACUGGCUCUGCUCCUUAGUGUUCAUACUGAAUAAUUUUGUUUUAUAUUGUAUGGUUAAGAACUAAAACAACUUAAGUUCUGCAUUGUAUACGCAAAAUACUGUACACUAAGAAGAUGCACUGAAACAAGUAAGCAGCUACAAGUGUUCAUGCCAUUAUGUAUCGUGCAUGGCGACCCAGAACCCACUAUGGCCCACUCAAUGCUAGUAUUUCAAUUUCAAGACACUAUUUGCGAGACUCAGCCUUAGCACUGAGCGAAAAUGUUUGCAUACCACGAGACCUCGCAAGAGUUGGGACGUCAUUUAGUUGAGGAGACUGCAUUUACUGGAUUAAUACAACCACCAUGCUGUCACUGAAGGUUGUGAAAGAAUACUUGAUAACAAGCUACAUGUGAUGCCUGGCAAGUGCAAAAUUACAUGCUGCCUGUAGGCAUGUGGUUGAGAUGAGAAAAAUGAUGACAAGAUUUUCCAUUGGAAACAGGCAGCUGGUAUUCGCUGAAUACAGAACCGUAAGAUCAAAUUUGUAGCCAUGCACAAUGACUAAAGCUAGAUGUAUAAUUGUUUUGAGUCUUGCGUGCUGUUGGGAAUCUGCAAGUGGACAAGUUCACUUCCCUGUCGGUCUUUCCAGCGAUCCCGUAUUCAAAAUUAAGCACCAUGCAUAGUAUGUAUUGUAUAAAACUUACACGAAGCAGACACUAAAGCCAGGGAAAGCAUAAUGGAAAAUAGCCAUGAGUGGCGCUGGUAACACUUCCGAGGCCUGGGUUGAGCCAUUGGCUCACUGUUCAGUACACAUUCACAAAUAGUACUCAAGUAAGCCGAGCGGAGACCGCUUCCACUGUAUGUUUGACUCACUAGCAGCAAGUUGUAUUGCCUUCCACUUUCAUUAUUAAGCCUACAUUUAUUUUAAAAAGUUAACUACCCCUAUGCUUUCUUAGGCAUCAUAAGGUGGUUACCGACAAAAAUCGAACCCCUCGGUUACGCAUUCUUCUUGCUUCCUGUUUAAAAUGUCACGCAAAAAUUACACAUUCACUUUAGUUUCAAUGGCAAUACAAGCUAUAUCGUAGCACUACUGCACAUAUAAGUCACCCAUGCACCUAUCUAGCAUAGGUGUAAGAUUUCACUUUGCGCAGUGCAAAUAAAAAUGAUAAAACCGCAGUUUCUUAGCAAGGCCUGCUCCGCUGAGCGCCGGUGACAAGGGGCUCCCUUACAAAAGCCAGGUAUCUGACCGUGCAGCAGUUACAUGGCUUUUGUGCUGUAACUAUCGUGCCCCAAGCAAAGCCAAACAGUCUCUUACAAUAACAACUGUAACAUCGUACGGAGUACGCAAACAAUUAAAUAUAAACAAAACUGCGACGACGACAAUGGCUGUAUGGAGGCACCAGCCGAGAUCCUCUUGUCAAGAUAUUCUGUCCCAUCUGAAGCUAGUAAUAAUGCUCGGAGCCGAUUAUUUUAUUGUAUGUACAACCAGCAAUGGCUCAUACAGAUUACAGGCACGCUUUGUUUUUUGCUACACUAAAGACAGAAAUCGGCGCGACCUACGAGCAGGCGACAUUUGAGAACAGUGGCAAACUUUCACAGUGAAGUAAAUACAAGGCCGAUGUGACAGACCGUAUUAUGCGUAGUAUGACAUGUAUGACUACCACUGCGAUCUCUUAUAAGGCACCUGCACGAUGAUUCGCACGAUCCGUAGUUAGUUCGCUGAUUUUCUUGCGUGUGUCUCCAUAUGCGAUGUGGAGAUGUGGACGCUGCGGAGCUGCGGGAGAAUAUCUAUGGUGGGAGAGCGGUACUGUACAGAUAAUUUCCUAAUGCGUCACUCAUUCUAAAAUUUUGUUUUUUCUACAGUAGGUAUCAUGUCCGGUCUGUUAGCGUCCCUUAUCACCUUUGUCGAUUUCGGCGCUUAGCUUUGAUUGCUUAUGUAGGUGGCGCGCCUUUCCACUGCAGAACGUAAGCAGAAAGAAAAAGGAAGAAGUCGUUCGGACCAGAGAGUCUACGUAACACUAGAACAUUUCCAAGUUUCAUCCGCAUAUCCAUUUUUGUUCGCUUCAUUUUCGCCCCCGUUCAUUGUUUUUUUCCUAUUCCCUACCCAAACCUACCUUGAAAUCUUCACUUGUCGUUCAUCGGCAAAUCAUCGUUGUCGCCGGCAAUCAUGCAAGACGCAGGGUUGCUGCAGUGAGCGGGGGCAAUGUUAGCCACAGGGAAGCUGUGCGUGCAUCAGAUUAUUUUGGCCAUGUGGCGCAGGAAGCCCAUUCUACUUUUCGUGGUGCUGGUGGUGGUGCUGCUGGUUGUGUUAGUCCAGUAUAGCUCCCUGGGCAACCACAAUGCACGGGGCGAGUCGCUGCUGGCCUCCCCGUUCGGCAUGGCUCCUCCAGCAGCUCCCGAGCAGCAGUGGGCCGCCCAGCAGCAGCAGCAGCAGAAGUCGGCGGCCGGUGAAGCCAAGCCUUUCAAGGAGCCAGCACCUAGUGGACAGAAGAGCAAAGUUUUCAUCCCCCAGCUGCGGUUCGUCCACUUCGACCUGAAGGGGGCACCUCCCAAGGUGGCCUAUCUCAAGCAGGUCUUUCUGCUCAUCCGAGAAGCAGGUGCCAAUGGCAUCCUGUUGGAGUAUGAAGACAUGUUUCCAUAUCACGGCUCAUUAGAGCCAAUACGUGCAAAGAAUGCUUUCAAGAAGUCCGAGGUAGAAGAGAUUCUGGCUGCUGCCAAAGAAAACAACUUGGAAGUGAUCCCUCUGGUGCAGACAUUUGGACACUUGGAGUUUGUGCUUAAGCUCCCAGAGUUUAGGCAUAUACGAGAAGCUGAUGAACACCCAACAGCUCUGUGCCCUUCACGAAAUGAAAGCUUCACGGUAGUGAGUACCAUUGUAGAUCAAGUAUUGGAACUGCACCCAAAUGUCAAAUGGUUGCACAUUGGCUGUGAUGAAGUGUUCCACAUGGGUUACUGUUCACGCUGCAUGCAACGAGAUCGGGAAGAACUAUUUCUGACACAUGUUCAGCGUGUGGCGCGCCACGUAAGAGACCGCCAUGGCCGGGUACCUAUUAUCUGGGAUGACAUGCUGCGUCAGAUCAGUGCUGAAAAGUUAAAGCCACUGGGCAAGCUUGUGGAGCCCAUGGUGUGGUCCUAUGUCAAGGAUGUGUACCGGUUCAUCAGCUACAGCAACUGGGCUACCUAUAGUGAAGCAUUUGAAGCCAUCUGGGCUGCCAGUGCAUUUAAGGGUGCGUUUGGUGAGACCUUGACUGUGCCCAACGUACGCAUGCACCUGGAGAACAAUGAAGGUUGGCUUGAAGUGAUGAAUGAGCAGCACGCGAAGUUCCCUCACUUCCGCGGCAUCGUCGUGACUGGCUGGCAGCGCUAUGAUCACUUUGCAACUCUGUGUGAGCUUUUUCCCGCUGGUCUACCGUCCCUGAUACUCAACCUGCUGGUGCUCUCAAAUGGUGCAUACAGCACCGAACUGCUGUCACGGUUUCACAGCCUGCUCAAGUGUAGCCACUCGCGGUCGCCAAUGGACCUGCAAAAUGACCCUUACCUAUGGCAGAAGGGCUAUGGCUGCUUUUUCCCGGGUUCAGCAGUCUUCCGCCUGACACAGACGCAUAGCGAAGCCAUCAAGAAAGCAGACGACUACAUGCACGAUGUGACGAUAGGCAAAGCCUGGAUCACUGAGUACAAUGUUCGCCGCAACCUGACGCUGCCCAGCCGCGUGGACCAAGUGCUUGAAGAGCACUCGUCCACACUGUACACGCUCACCUCCCUCAUACAUCAAGCGCGUGACGUGCUGCGCGAAGUCUUCGAUGAGUACACUGUGGCAGAGUGGAUCGAGCAGAACAUCUAUCCAUGGGUGCUGCGCUUGGAAAAGCUGUGGAACGACGCCUUGUCCAUCAAGAAGACGCGCACUUGGCCCGUGCGGCCACUCGACCCGCUGCCCGACCUUCGCCGCUUCAACGUUGGGGGAGUCUGAUGGGACGCAGUGCUCUAGGGACUCUCAUGGGGUGUGCACGAACAAAUGUGGAGUGUGGGACUUGCUGGUUUUUUUUUUAUUAUUAUUAGUGAGUGGGUUUUUUAGAACAUCAUUUUGUUGUUGUACCUGCUAUAUGCAUCCUCACUCUUGUUGAGACACGGCCAGGACUUUCUGGUGUUCGCUGUACUGUGCUACAUAUUUAUGUUCACUGAGUGUGCAUCAAUAAAAGGCCCUUUUAAGUUAUUCACA